AUGCAUUUAUUCAGUGAUCGUUUUGUAACACCACGUUGAAAUAGCAAAGUAGCGUGAGAGCGCAACAUGAAAACAGAGAGGUGCUUGCUGCAAGAUGAAAAUAACAACAGCAUUCCUUCGAAUAAAAAAAUUGCAAUUAUCAGAGAAAAAACGGAGUGGAUCAACUUUUACAUCUUACCCGCAAAACUCUCCUGUUUUUUUGUUGCAGCUAAAGACUCCGCUUACGCUUUGCAUUUAAUUCUGUUUCUCAUGCAUGCUGGGCUUGAUCCUGCAGAAGCAGGCGCAGUAUGCGGGUUACGUCUGCUGGGAUUCGUUAUUGGUGCUCCAUUUUGGGGAUACGUCGCCGACAAUAAGCAAGCACAUCGGCUUAUUUCAGGUGUACUUUGCAUCGCAUCAAUUCUUUUAAUGAAUACUCAACUUUUGAUUGCAUACUAUCUUGGAAAUUCUUCGACCAACAAGUGUCCUCACAUAACAAAUCAUACAUACUCUAAUGCCCCUGAAAGUGAUUUGAUGGCACCGACUAGAUCAACAAAGCAUAACCAACUAUUCAUGUCUAUGAUUGCAAUAAAUAUAGCUGCCUCGUUUUUUGAAAACAGUUUGAACAGUUUUGUUGACGCUGGAGUCGUGCAAAGAAUACACGAAAGUCCAAAGCCACUCGAUUACGGCAAGCAACGUUUCUACGAUGGGUUUGGUGCAGCAUCAUUUGUGUUCAUCUCAUCAGUGGCACCAGAUUACUUUCCCAAAUUUAACAUUACUUGUUACAGUGCAAUAUUCUUCGUGUACACCUUCGUUAUGUUGAAUUUACUCAUCAGUACACAGUUUUUGUUUAGUGGUCUUACCUUUAAACGUGAAACAAAAAAGAAUACGGUUUCAACAAGAGAGAUUUUGUUCAAUACACUUAGCAAUGGACGCAUCCUUUUUUUCUUCUUCAUUGUCUUAUGGAACGGCGCUGAACAUGCAUUGUACUUUAACUAUACAUUUCUGUUUUUAAAAGAAAUUGGUGCAUCUAAUUUAUUGAUGGGUAUGUGCGCAGUUAUUGCUGCUAUGGCAACGACUAUCUCAUUUCGCUUUUCAACAAGAAUUAUCAACUUAUGUGGAGGUGUUUGGAAGACACUAGCUCUCUGUUGUUGUUCCUACUUCAUCAGAUAUCUUGGAACGGCUUACUUGCAAAAUCCAUGGAUCGUUUUGCUAUUGCAGCCCUUAAAUGGAAUUGGAUAUGGGCUGUUUCUAGCUACCACUGUCACUCAUAUACGUAGUGUUAGCAAGCCCGCUAUUUUAACGACAAUGUUUAGCAUAACACAAGCUCUUCAUGUUGGGUUUGGGAACAUACUAGCAAACUCCGCAGGAGGUCAAAUCUAUUUACUUUAUGGUGGGAGAGUGUUGUUUCUAGUUGGGGCAUAUGGUGCAGCAUUAUGGACAUGCUUUGUAAUCACUUAUAUCAUACUCAUUCGUCGUGAUAAAUAUGAACAGGAAAGAAAUGAUAGUAUAAAUAAACAAUUAUUAGAAAAAGAACAUAUUACAAAUGACAUUGGACAAGUUUGGUACUUUACAAGUUUAUAACAACAGAACCUUUUCUAUCUUUUAAUAGUAUAAUAGUUGAAUUUUCUUACGCUAA